UGCGCUGGAGCGACAGCUACCGCAGACUCAGGAAGCGCACGCCCUGCCUGCUGCUACAGUUCCAACAACCUCAACCCAGACUGGGCUUGGCUGCUUUCGAUUUUAAAUAGAUACCAAACUAAUGGGAAGGUAGUGAGAAGGUAAUCCGCACAAAAUUAGUGAAGCUGAAGUCCACCUCCUGUUUUCUUGUUUCAGGAACCAGGACACUGCGCCGUGAGUACAAUGAGUUUCUUCAGUAUGAUGCGGAAAAGGAAAGAGUUGAUCCCUCUUGUCGCUCUGAUGACUUUCGCCGCGACCGGAGCCACCAGCCUUUCCAUUUACUUCCUCCUGACCAAGCCCGAUGUCAUACUCAAUAAGACAGGAAAUCCUACUCCCUGGGAAAAUGUGGACCCCAAGAAACCCCAGAAGCUGCUAACAAUUAACCAGAAGUGGGAACCAGUGGAGGAGGUCCAGAUAUUGAAGCGUUACAGCAAGUAAUAGAGCGGAUUAUCCCAUCAGCACUGAGCAUUCUGCUGAUUCCUGACUUGAAAUUCUGCUGGAGAGGGACAGAGACACUUCUGCUUGAGCUUUAGGAUUAAAAAUUGUCAAUUUCUACCCUUCCAACCCCUCUAUCCCUCCCUCCCUCAUUGCUUGCUCUCUUCCUGUAUCCUUGUGCCUCUGUCCUCAAGAUGGGUGGCCCCACUUUGGAUGGGCAGAUAUGAAACAGCAACAUUUAUGUUUUCGCUCUGAAAAUAUUUCUACGUAUAAAAUCUAUAAGCAAAUACUGUAAAAUAAAUAGUGACUAAUUUAACUGUG